AUGCCCCUAAGCAAAGAGGAAGCCGAGGCACGCCUCACGGCUCGAAAGCCGAUACCGAAGCCGAAACCGGCCUAUCUUCCCGUAUCUGGAUCGCCAUUGACGGUUGACAAGGAUUUGUAUGCUUCAAUUGCGACGGCCCCGCGAGUUCCCAUCGAAGAGUUCGUCAUCCCAAUUAGAUCUGGGAGAGCCUGGAAGGCACCCGCCGGGUCUAUCGUCCGGAUUAGCACUCCCGAGGGCCCGCAAGUAGGUGACCUGAAUAUCUGGAAUGCGCAUAACCCGCGCGAGAGGUUCUGGGCGUCGCGCACGAAGCAACUAUAUGCAUCCCACGUUUCGACGUACGACAAGCUGUGGUCGUGCCUCCCUUUCAUGCGCCCCCUCGUGACUAUCGUCGAUGAUAGCCUCUCGUGGUACGGCGUUGACGAGCACGGCGGCCGCGUUCAUGACUUGUUGGGGACCCGGUGCGAUGGAUAUAUAUCCAGCGUACUUGCAGACAAGGGAUACGACUUCCACUGCCACUCUAAUCUUACGCGAGCGGUUCUUCCUUUUGGUUUAAAUGAGAGUGACGUCCACGAUGUCAUUAAUUUGUUCCAGGUCACGGGGCUUGACGAGCAAGGCCGCUACUUUAUGAACCCGUGUCCAGCCCAGAAAGGAGAUUACAUCGAGUUCCUUGCCGAGCAGGAUGUAUUGAUGGCAUUAAGCACGUGUCCAGGCGGCGACUUAUCGCUAUGGGGGUUCGGAGCCGACAGCGAGAAGGAGAUGAUCAAAUGCUGCCGGCCACUCAAAGUCGAAGUCUUUAAGCUCGAGGACACAGACUUCCUACAGAGAAGUGGUUGGAAGCCUGCUGAGACUGCGCCAUACAAGGGAUUGCAUGGCAUGCUCGUGCCUGAGGGAGAACACGAGGCGGCUAAGUAA